AUGGGCCUUGAUUUGGGCACUGGAAGUUCCAAAUCCGUUAAUUCACGAGACACUCAACCUCCACCAGUCGAUGCGAGGACUGUCGAACUCCCUCUUAAUCACUUUGGACCGGACGCAGGUACAUUUCCCAACAGAUACUGGGUCUAUUCGGAAAAGUACAAACCAGGCGGUCCCGUUUUCAUCUAUGACACUGGUGAAAGCGAUGCUGAGCCAGGCAGCGUAUUCUUUCCAAGCGACCCACGUAGCUUCUUCCACCAGAUUGUAGAAGAAUUCAAUGGCAUCGGCAUUGCCUGGGAACACCGAAUGUAUGGCAAGUCGGUACCCGCAGGAUUUCACAACGAUACGUCACUGGACCGCUUCAAAUACUUAACUGUUGAACAGGCACUUGCGGAUGUUGACGCUUUUGCGAAGCAGUUCAGCUUGCCUUAUAUCAAUGCGACACUCUCUGCCGAUCACACGCCGUGGGUUUUCAUUGGCGCCUCGUACUCAGGAGGAAGAGCUGCUUGGGUGCGCAACAAAUACCCAGAUAGCAUCUAUGCAUCCUGGGCCGCGUCACCUACCGUUGAGGGCAUGGUCGAUUUGAGUUCUUAUUUCGAUGCAAUAUGGGCUGGAAUGAACUACUACGGCUUUGGGAACUGUAGUCAGGACAUACACGCUGCGAUCCAAUAUAUAGACCACAUCAUGGACACGAACCCGCAAGCUACUGCCAAACUCAAAGAACAAUUUCUCGGUGUUGGCAAUGGUAACGCCUCGAAUUCGGAUUUCGUCUGGGCAUUGGAGGAUUUGUAUAACGACUGGCAGAGAUACGGCAUGAACGGCCACAGUUUCUCCCUCCGGAAAUUCUGUGAUAUGCUGGAGACGGAUCCUAGGACAAACCGGACGGCACCAAAGGAUGGCUGGGCACCGACCAAGGGUGUCAAAUCGGUGGUGGACAAGUGGGCUGUCUACCGCGGGAAUCUCAACGCUGCGGCCAAUGCGCAAUGCGCAAACAAUGGGACAAGUUCAAACAAUUGCUCGUCUGAUGAUCAGACGGUAGACCCUAACUAUGUUUCCUGGAGGUGGCAGGCUUGCACUGAAUGGGGGUACUUUCAAUCCGCCAAUAUUGGGCCUCACCAGUUGGCUUCCAAGUAUGUCAGUCUAAAGCUAGUGCACGAUAGCUGUCAUCAACUUUUCAACUACCCACCGCCUUCUGUAUUCCCAGAGUGGCCCAAGGUGCAGGAAUUCAACGAGGCCUUGGGAGGAUGGUAUAUACGCCCUUCAAACACAUACUGGUCAGGUGGAGAAUUCGAUCCUUGGCUUCCUACCGGUCCUCUAUCUCAACAGCCCAACGCUCCAAAAAUCGAGAUUACGCAGGAUAUUCCCAAAUGCGGAGUGAGUACUGGGAAAGAUAAGGUGUUUGGUAAGGUGGUAAAAGGUGGGGUCCAUGCGUCUGAUUUCAACACACCGGGACUUGGUUUCACUAUCGUCCCCGAUUCAGUCACCAGCCGGGAUCUUUUCAAAAAGGCUCUGAAAGAGUGGUUGCCCUGUUUCCGUCCAAAGAACAAAGUUGCAAGGUCAUUCAAAGCAUGA